AUGAUGUUUAUUCAGAUGAAAGUGGACUUGGUGUCUUUGUUGCUCCUGUUGACGAUAGGACGGAUCCAGGGAAGCGAAAACGAGCAACUUCGAGAGAAGAGGCAAGCAUUGUUUCCCCCGCCGCUUGUUUAUCCUUUCGGUGGUACUUUCAAGCUAAUCAUCGGCUUCGCGAUGCCUGUGCAACUCUCCGGCAGGAUUUUGGUUUACGGCCAAAACAUUCAGUUCCAAUACAUGUUGCCAGACAACGCGACCUUCUUCACAAACUUCUUCGAGAAUUCGUCACGUGGUCGACGUAGAAGAGCUAGCUGGAACGAGAGAGCUCCUGUCUACGAUAUUCUGCAGCAAGAGCUAGACAGGCGGAACAUCGAUGGGAAAGGUUGCCUGAUGAAGAAUAUCUGCGAGGCUGCGUCGAUGACUUUGAAGAACGAGGGAUUAAUGGGAGAAUUGUUGCAUUUGUUGCUAACCCCAGACUAUGGAGAUUUUCCCACAAUGGACGAAGAAUAUUUAGAGGCAGCUAAGUCUGGAAGAAGGCACGAGAAUUGUUCAACAAUUUACUCCACCUGCCCACCUGGCCUAGGAAUUUUGGACAGAAUAUCCACAAUUUAUUAA